AUGCCGGCUGCCGAAGAGCCUGCCAAGCUCGAUGCUCGGCUUCUCCUGGUUUCCAACCGUCUGCCAAUCACGAUCAAGAGGUCGGAAGAUGGCAAAUAUGACUUCUCGAUGUCCUCUGGCGGUUUGGUCAGCGGUCUAAGCGGGUUGACCAAGACAACCACCUUCCAAUGGUAUGGCUGGCCGGGCUUGCAGGUUCCCGAUGAUGAGGUCGAAGACAUGAAGAAGAAGCUCAAGGACGACUAUGGUGCUCAUCCGGUCUUCGUCGAUGACGAUCUGGCAGAGAAGCAUUAUAAUGGCUUUUCAAACUCUAUACUAUGGCCGCUGUUCCAUUACCAUCCGGGAGAGAUUACCUUCGAUGAAGAAGCCUGGGAAGCUUACCGAGAGACUAACCGCUUGUUCGCCAAGGCUGUUGCAAAAGAAGUUCAAGAUGGUGAUCUGGUCUGGGUACAUGAUUAUCAUAUGAUGCUCCUGCCACAAAUGCUUCGAGAAGAGAUUGGAAAGUCCAAGUCGAAUGUCAAGCUCGGCUUUUUCCUUCACACACCUUUUCCAUCCAGCGAGAUAUAUCGAAUCUUACCGGUCCGGGAGGAGAUCCUGGAAGGAGUGCUUCACUGCGAUCUCAUCGGCUUUCAUACCUAUGACUAUGCCAGACAUUUCCUGAGCAGCUGCUCGCGUAUCCUUGGCCUCACGACAACGCCCAAUGGAGUGGAGUAUCAAGGCAAGAUAGUGACAGUCGGAGCUUUUCCCAUCGGCAUUGACCCCGACAAGUUUACUGAAGGGUUGAAGAAAGAAAAGGUAAAGAAGCGAAUCGCAGCUUUAGAGCAAAAGUUUCAAGGGGUCAAGCUCAUUGUUGGUGUCGACCGACUGGACUACAUCAAAGGUGUUCCACAAAAGAUGCAUGCCCUGGAAGUCUUUCUCACCGAUCAUCCUGAGUGGAUUGGCAAGGUUGUGCUUGUGCAGGUUGCUGUUCCUAGCAGACAAGAUGUUGAGGAGUAUCAAAAUCUACGCGCAGUGGUGAAUGAGCUUGUCGGAAGGAUAAAUGGCAAAUUUGGCACCAUCGAAUUCAUGCCCAUUCACUGGAUGCACCAGUCGGUCAACUUCGAAGAGCUGAUAGCCCUCUACGCGGCGUCAGAUGUGUGCUUGGUUUCUUCAACUAGAGACGGCAUGAAUCUUGUCUCAUACGAGUACAUCGCCUGUCAACGAAAGCGUCACGGCGUCCUGAUCCUCUCGGAAUUCACCGGUGCUGCCCAAAGUCUAAAUGGAAGCAUCAUAGUAAACCCAUGGAAUACAGAAGAGCUUGCUGGUGCUCUGCAAGAAGCUGUCACAAUGAGCGAUGAACAGCGCCUUAUCAAUUUCAACAAGCUGGACAAAUAUGUUUCGAAGUACACUAGUGCUUUCUGGGGCAAGUCCUUCGUUGCAGAACUGAAUCGGUUAUCCGAACACGGGGAAAGGAAAUUGAAGAUGAGGAGAGAAUCCUUGCUUGCCUCACCUAGUUCACCAAUGGCUGCAACGGGACUUGAAUCGCCUGAUCCCACUGCUGUUACUAGAGGAGGGGUGGGUGAUGGUGUGCUAGAAGAAGCGGAUGGUCUACUAGAUGGUGUGUCCAAAGGUGUCAAUAGUGGCACGGACGGCAAAGCUUGA